UUAUCUUGUUUGUCUCCAUACCACCGCAAACACCGCCUCAGUAUCUGGUCGGUAUUUACAACCAUCUUCCGCCUCCAUCUCUCCGGCUCAUCCACUCCAUUGGAGCCAAUUUGACCUACAUUUGAAAUGAAUUUCGAUCAGAUCCUCUCUGCCAUUGGAGGCUUUGGCAGAUACCAGAAAAUUCUCUACAUAUGGAUAUGUCUACCUCAGAUCCUCCUCGCCUUCCACAUGCUGGUGAGCAUCUUCACCGGAGCCACGCCGCCUCAUCAGUGCCGCGAGGGCUCGAGUCCAGCAGCGGGGAAUCAGUCCCUGUAUUCAGCCACCCUGAACUUCAGCCUCUCCAACUCCUCCUGCUUCUCCCAGGAUGUCGUGCUGCUGGGCAACGGCACUCAGCGCGUACCGUGCGGUGACGGAUGGGUCUAUAGCAGGGAGACUUUUGAGAGCACCAUCGUCACCGAGUGGGACCUGGUGUGCAGCAAAGCUGUGUUCAACAACAUUGGAUCAUCUAUCUACAUGUUUGGCCUGCUGGUGGGAUCGGUGGUGUUUGGAGCCAUGGCUGACAGGUAUGGCCGACGCUUCGUCCUGCUGCUGUCCCUCGCUCUCCAGACUGUGUUCGGUGUCGCUGUGGCUUUUGCACCCAACUUCCCAGUCUAUGUGAUUCUUCGCUUUGUAGUUGGCACAACAAUAUCUGGUGUCAUCAUCAAUGCUUUUGUACUUGGUACUGAGUGGACAUGCACCAAGAGACGCAUGCUGGCUGGUAUCAUCACCGACUAUGCCUAUGGCCUGGGUUAUAUGCUGCUAGCAGGAGUAGCAUAUCUUAUAAGAGACUGGAGAAAGCUGCAACUAGCAAUAUCAGCCCCGGGCUUCCUGCUUAGCUUCUAUAUAUGGGUGCUUCCCCAUUCUGCCAGAUGGUUGUUGGCCAACAACAGGAGAGAGGAGGCCAUCGCUCUCCUUCGCAAGGCAGCGCUGGUUAAUGGUCGUGUCUUACCUCCCACCGUACAGGUUGAGAAGUGUGAGAUAUCGGUCGAGGGGAAGAGAAGUCACUCGGCUGUCGAUCUGGUACGCACGCCUCAGAUGAGGAAAAGAUCUCUGAUCUUGUUCUAUGUUUGGUUUGUGAAUGUGCUGGUCUAUUACGGUCUCUCACUGGGCGUGUCCAGGUUGGGGACAGACCUCUACCUGACCCAGUUUGUGUUCGGGCUGGUUGAGAUCCCAGCUCGUUCUCUGGUCCUCGUCUUGCUGCCCUUCAGCCGCCGUCUCACUCAGAGUGGCUUUCUGGCAAUCGGAGGCCUCGCCUGUCUGCUCAUGCUUGCGGUGCCUGCAGAUCAUCCUAAUCUCCUGAGUGGUCUCGCCAUGGUAGGGAAGUUUGGCAUAGCGGCGUCGUUUGCUGUGAUCUAUGUCUACACUGCUGAGAUAUUCCCCACGGUGCUUCGGCAAACAGGAAUAGGCGUAUCCUGUAUGUUUGCAAGGAUGGGUGGUGUGCUGGCACCCAUUAUCAACAUGCUUCAUAACCACAGCCCGGCCACACCCCUCGCCAUCUUCGGCAUCUCCCCGCUUCUGGGAGCUGUCCUAGCCCUGGCCCUUCCUGAAACUGCCGACAGACCUCUUCCAGACACAGUGGAGGAUGCAGAGAACUGGGAUGUUAGGACACCUCCAACCGAGGAAAACCCAGAGAUGCAUGAAGAUGAUAGCCAAUCAGGACGCAGCACAGAGAAGCUGGAGUUAUGCAAUCUGGCAAGCCACACCUAAUGCACAGCCUCAGCUUUGUUGCCAGAAAUACUACUUUUCACAAAACUCUCUAUGCAAUUACACGUCAGGUGUUUGAUUCUGAGCAGAACAUAUUUCAAAUGGGGAAAAAAAGCACCGAACAGUCAGAAAUAUUUGUGUUUUACAAUCUUUUAAAUCCAUCAGAGAUUUACACCUUUUACUUGAGGUUUGAAUGUGGGUUGGCAGAGUAAUAGCUCCUAUUAGGAUUUUGCAUAUGUGUAUAUAUUCAUCCAUGCAUGAGAGCACUCAUACAUCACUUCCCUGCCACCAGACCAUCUGCACCGCCUUUUGGGUGAAAACAAUCAGCGUAAAAGUGUAUUAUUGUAGGGUCUUUACAUCAAUAUAAAACUGAAUUGGAUUGUUCUGUAAGUAUGUAUGUCAUUUAAGUCAAAUUUAAAGAGUAAACAGUCACAUUUGUAAAAUCUGCCAGUUUAAUAAUAACUCUAUAGCAACAAUGAAAACGCAGCAAAAAUUAAUUUAAUCUUCUCCUGUAAGUAAGUCGGCUAACAGUUAGCUUGUCAGACAUGGCUACAACAAGCUAAAGCGACUUCCUCUCUCCUUCUGCGACACUCGUUAACUCCAGAAACUUCUUGUAGAACCACAUGCAUUAACUUGAAGUAAUAGUUCUCUGUAUGUCUUUCUCAGUCUACCACGUUAUCGUGGAGGAAUUCUGGGAUAUCUUCCUUACAGCGUUGUUUCAGUUCAUUGAGGUUUGCAGGCAUUUGUUUAUACACAGCUCUGUUAAGCACCUGCAACAGCAUUUCAAUCAAAUUGAAGUCUUGACUUCGACGGGACCGUUGUAACGCCUGGAUUCUUUUCAUGUUCAGCCAUUCUGUUCCUGCUGUGCUGUUACAUGACCAUAUUUGGGUCAAACGUUAGCUGACGGACAGAUAGUCACACAUUUGACUUAAGAUCACUUGUGUGUACAGAGGAGUUCAUGGUCGACUCAGUCACUGAAAGAUGCUUAGGUCAUAUGGCCAACAGGAAGCCUGAAUCAUCACCCCUCCACCACCGUGCUUCACAGCUGAUAUGAGCUGUUAGUGCUGAUAUGCUGAGUUUGGUUUUUACCAAAAGAUAUUCUUAAGAAGUGUUGUGGUUUGUUCAGA